UUUUCUUUCUUCUUCUUUAACAUAUUUGAAAUGACUGGAAAUCAAUUUAUUGGUGCUAUUGAUCAAGGCACUACUUCUACAAGAUUUGUGAUAUUUGACCAUGAAGGAAAACUUAUUACUUAUCAUCAAAUGGAAUUUGAACAACAUUACGUGCAGCCUGGAUGGGUUGAACAUGAUCCUUAUGAUAUUUUAGCUUCAGUAGAUACUUGCAUUGAACAUGCUGUUCGUAAGCUAUCAUUGCUCGGUCAUGAUGCGUCUAGUAUCCAAUGUGUUGGCAUCACAAGUCAACGUGAAACAACCAUAGUUUGGGACAGUGAAACAGGACAACCACUAUAUCCAGCCAUUGUUUGGAGUGACAACCGUACAUCACAUACAGUACAAGCACUUGCUUCUCAGCCACAUUUACCAAAGGAUCUACAAGGCACAGAAGCACUCCGAUCUAUUUGUGGAUUGCCUCUUGCUAAUUAUUUUUCUGCUGUCAAGUUAAGGUGGUUAUUGGACAACAUACCUGAAGUAAAAGAAGCUUAUGAGAACAAUCGACUUCAGUUUGGUACAGUGGAUACAUGGCUGAUUUAUAACUUAACAGGCGGUGUUGAAAAGGGUGGUGUACUUGUUACUGACGUGACGAAUGCAAGUCGUACUAUGUUGAUGGAUAUUCAUACAUUACAAUGGAGUGACAAAGCUAUCAACUUCUUUGGUUUUCAAGACCUUAGACUAGCCAAAAUUGUACCUUCUUCAAGGGUUUAUGGUAAUUUCACUGGCGGCUCAUUACAAGGAAUACCAAUUAGUGGCUGUUUGGGUGAUCAACAAAGUGCUUUGGUAGGACAAAAGUGCUUCCAAAUAGGUGAGGCCAAGAAUACGUAUGGUACAGGUUGCUUUAUGCUGUUUAAUACGGGCCCUAAACCAGUGUUUUCAAGCAAUGGUCUACUGAGCACAGUUGGCUAUCAAUUUGAAGGUCAAGAACCCACAUAUGCAUUAGAAGGCUCCAUAGCAGUUGCUGGUUCUUCUAUACAAUGGCUCCGUGAUAACCUAAGUAUCAUUCAUCAAGCAAACGAAAUCAAUGAAUUGGCAGCCAAGGUGCCAAGUACGGCUGGCGUGUAUUUCGUUACUGCCUUUAGUGGUCUCUUUGCUCCUUAUUGGCGUGACGAUGCUCGUGGAACUAUUUGUGGGCUAACACAGUUCACUACGCGAGAGCAUAUUGCCCGUGCCACAUUAGAAGCUGUGUGUUAUCAGACAAAGGCUAUUCUAGAAGCCAUGAACAAAGAUGCUGGUCAGCCUUUGCGAGCACUCAAGGUCGAUGGCGGUGUCUCGAAUUCAGAUGUGUGUAUGCAGAUUCAAGCAGACAUUCUGAAUAUUGAAGUAGAACGACCUCAGAUGAGAGAAUCAACAGCACUUGGAGCAGCCAUUGCGGCAGGUCUAGCAAUGGGUGUUUGGAACAACAUAGACGAUCUAAAGAAUGUAAAUAACGAUGGAAGGACUGUAUUCAAGUCUCAAAUAUCGGAUAGAAGACGCAGAAAGCUCUACAAUGGCUGGAAAGAAGCCAUUACAAGAUCAUUUGGCUGGGCAGAUGUAGUAGCAAAUGAAGCAGAAAGUCUAAAUGAACAUUUAUAAUAAAAUAAUUGAUGUGUAACAAU